CUCACAAAACAUAUUAUCACCCACUUGCAAAAAGUUCUCUGUUGUAAUUUGUUAUCGGCUUAUUGCACGCCCACCAGUUUCCUGCCGCCACGGUUCGGCCCUUAAUAUCGACUUGUGCUAGUGCCACUGGGAGCGAAUCUGCAAAUUUCAAUCCCGUCCAUUGCGUUCCUGGAUCCGCCGCGCCUAAUGUAAACAUGCUGGUGCUAGUGCUCGGCGAUUUACACAUUCCGCAUCGGUGCAGCAGUGUUCCGGCCAAAUUCAAGAAGCUGCUCGUGCCGGGCCGCAUACACCACAUCCUGUGCACGGGCAAUCUGUGCAGUAAAGAAUCGUACGACUACCUUAAAACGCUCGCCAACGAUGUGCACAUUGUUCGUGGGGAUUUCGAUGAAAACACGAACUAUCCGGAGCAGAAGGUCGUAACGGUGGGCCAGUUCCGAAUCGGGCUGUCGCACGGUCACCAGGUGGUACCGUGGGGUGACCCGGAGGCGCUCGCGCUAAUUCAGCGGCAGCUGGACGUGGACAUACUAAUAUCGGGCCAUACGCACAAGUUCGAAGCGUACGAGCACGCGAACAAGUUCUACAUCAACCCGGGCUCGGCGACGGGCUCGUAUAAUCCUCUGGACACGGCCGUCAUUCCUUCAUUCGUGCUGAUGGACAUCCAGAGCACGACGGUUGUAACGUACGUGUACCAACUGGUUGGCGAUGACGUGAAAGUGGAGCGGAUCGAAUACAAGAAGAACUAGACCGAACGAAGGGGUAAUCAAUUAAUCAAAUA